AUGCCACCCCAAAUCAAGCAAGAUCUCAAUCGCUCUGGUUGGGAAACGACUGAUUUCCCUUCCGUUUGUGAGAAUUGCCUGCCUGACAACCCAUAUGUACAGAUGCUCAAAGAGGAUCAUGGAGCGGAAUGCAAAAUAUGCACUAGACCCUUCACCAUAUUUCGAUGGAAAGCUGACCGGACCGCUCGAGCGAAGCGUACAAACAUCUGCCUCACAUGUGCUCGCCUAAAGAAUUGCUGUCAGUGUUGCAUGCUGGAUCUCUCGUUUGGCCUACCCAUUGUAGUGAGAGAUGCCGCGCUCAAAAUGGUCGCACCAGGCCCAGAAAGCAGUAUCAACAGAGAAUACUACGCCCAGGAGAAUGAGAGGGAGAUCGAGGAGGGCAGAGGCGGGGUCGAAGAAUACGAAAAGACGGACGAAAAAGCGAGGGAGUUACUACGCCGAUUAGCGAACAGCGAACCAUAUUACAAGCGUCAACGGCGGCUGGAAGUUAAUGAGGAGGAUCCGAAGGCGGAGGGAGAAACAGGUCCUGAGGACGGCGGCCAAAGAAGAAUAGCUGCAGCGCCGGGACCGAUAAGGACGCACGACAGCAGGGGAGGCCGCGGCGGAGCAAGAGGAGGAGCUUUGCGAGGUCGAGGAGGAGCAAGAGGAGGGCGAGGCUUCCCCGGCACUGCUCAACUACCACCUCAACCUCAGGACAUCCUACCGCCGCGAGAUAAAAACAUCACAUCACUAAUGGUCACGGGGGUCGAGGACGAUCUCCCAGAGCACGCUAUACGCACGUUCUUCUCACCUUUUGGUGUCCUCAGGUCUUUGGUCUGCAGUCACAGGUCCCAUGCGGCAUUUCUAAACUACGCAACAAGGGAAGGAGCCGAGGCAGCAGCAGAGCACUGUCAAGGCAGAGCAAUAAUUGCGGGUUGCCCACUACGAGUAAACUGGGCGCGGCCGAAAGCGCUAGAUCAUCUUGAUACAGAAGAAAGGAUGUCGUAUGCGCGCGCAGGACGGGAUACAGCGAAGGCUAUCAAGGCUGUGAAUAGGGCCCCGGCACCAGAGAUCGAGGGAGGACAACCCCAAGAGGUAGACCAAAUGGCUUCCAUAGCUCCUCCGCCUGGGCAGGAAGACGUGAAUUACGCUAGUUUGGCAGGAAAUUGA